AUGGCGAGUAUCUUAUCGAGUUGCCUUAGGGAUAUUCGACCACCGGUGACCGUUUUUAGCCCCAGUAUGUGGGGUGAUACUUUCUCUACGUUUUCUCUCGACAAACAGGUACAAGAAAAGUAUGAAAAGGCCAUAGAAACAUUAAAGCAAGAAGUAAGAAGCAAGUUGGUGGAAGCAACAUCUGGCAAACUGCUUGUAUUGGUUGACACAAUCGAGCGUUUAGGGUUGGCUUAUCAUUUCGAGACGGCGAUUGAAGAAAAGCUCGAGCAAAUUUACAAUGAGGAUCAAGAAUACGACGACUUGUUCACUACUGCACUUCGAUUUCGGCUCUUAAGGCAACAUCAGUAUCAAGUUUCUUGCAGUGUUUUCGACAAGUUCACAAACAAAGACAACAAAUUCGAAGAAUCCCUCGGUAACGAUGUUGAGGGGCUACUAAGCUUGUACGAAGCAGCCCAUGUUCGAAUUCGUGGAGAAAACAUCUUAGAAGAGGCCGUAGCUUUUACGAAACAUCAUAUGACUCGUCACAUGCUGUCGUUGGAAUCUCCACUCAAGGACAAAGUGAAGCGAGCUCUAGUGCACUCGCUUCAUAGAGGUGUUCCGAUUAUCGAAGCACGCGUUUACAUUUCCAUCUACGAAAAAGAUGAUUCAAGGGAUGAAAUGAUUUUAAAACUAGCAAAAUUGAAUUUCAAUUAUCUGCAGAAUAUGUACAAGGAAGAGCUCUCCGAACUCUACAGGUGGUGGAACAACUUUGACCUAAAGUCAAAAUUGCCGUACGCAAGAGACAGAUCGAUAGAGUGCUAUCUCUGGGGUAUCGCAUUCCAUUUCGAACCCCAGUACUCGUAUGUUCGAAAAGCGGUUGCGAAAGCUACGCAAAUGGCUUCUGUGCUAGAUGAUACAUAUGAUAAUUAUGCAACACUCAAUGAAGCUCAGCUUUUUACUGAUGUUCUUGAAAGGUGGGAUAUGAAUGAAAUUGGUCAACUCCCGGAUUAUAUGAAGGUUGUUUAUCAAUACAUCAUGAGUAUAUAUGAAGAUUACGAACGAGAGGCAACGAAACAAGGAAAAUCGUUUGCGAUUCCUUCUUACAAAGAAGCGGUGAAACAACUUGCUAGGGCUUACAACAUAGAGCAAAACUGGAUUAUGGAACGAAAAAUGCCUCCGUUAGAAGAGUAUCUGAAAAAUUCAGUGAUCACAAGUAGCAUUUUUGUGAUGUUCACAGCUCAUUUUCCGGGCAUGAAAUCUGUUACUCAAGAAACUAUUGAUUGGCUGCUCAGUAACCCUAAAAUUGUAGUUUCGACUGCGAUGAUUGGUCGACAUAUUGACGAUUUGGGAAGCCAUGAACGCGAGAACAAAGAGGGAAAAUAUCUGACAGUGGUGGAUUGCUACAUGAAACACUAUGGCAUAUCAAAGGAAGAGGUCUUGUCUAUGUUUGAGGUACUAGUGGAGGAUGCAUGGAAGGAUAUUAGUAACGAAUGGGCGAAUAAAACCGGUUCGAUACCCAAAGAAAUAGUCGAGCAACUUGUGAACUAUGCCCGGGCAGCUGAGAUGACUUACCGGAACAGUGAAGAUGGAUAUACGAAUCCGGAAAAAAAUUUGGGUCCACACAUUGUUGCUUUAUUUGUUGAUCCAAUUGUCAUUUAAACUUUCUUUCUUUUUUUUCCCUAGCUCCAUCGUAUGCUCUCGUUACGUCAUUGCGUUUUGUACUAUCUACCUAAAUUUGUUUGUGUUUUCUGUUGGUUUGGUUUGUGAUUGUUGAAUAAAUAAAGAGUAUUGUGCGUUUGUAAUGUUAACUAAUAUUAAUAUAUUUCAAGAUCUGGAGCUUAAAAAGGUGCAAUGGAGUGAAAUAUUUAUCCCAGUAUAAAAUCAUUGAAUGAAAAAAUAU